GACGUCGAUGCAUUCCCACGCCUCUCCUUCGACCGCAUUUGAAACUGAUCAAUUGAAUACCCAGGUGAUAGAAUACUUUUAUAGACUGCUCUUCCAAGUUUCACACUUUUCCUCCCAUCGGAUUUCUUCUCGAAGAUGAACCCGUCCGUUCUCCGCACGGCCUCGCGCCACCUCCGGGCGGCAAACCGCCUAUACGCAGCACCUGCAACUGCCGCUUCGCUCGCCAAUUCGAAGCGUGGAUAUGCGACUUUUAACUGGGAAGACCCUCUGGUUGCGUCCGAACUGUAUACUGAGGAGGAGUUGGCAAUUCAAGAUACCGCCCGGCAGUACUGCCAGGAACGUCUGCUGCCUCGUGUACUCGAUGCCUACCGAAAUGAGGACUACGACCGUAGGAUCCUCGAAGAAAUGGGCGAGCUCGGCCUUCUCGGCGCCAGCAUCGAAGGAUACGGAUGCGCAGGAGCCAGCACCGUGGCAUCUGGGUUGAUCACCAAGGAAGUUGAACGCGUGGAUUCGGGAUACCGCUCAGGGAUGUCGGUCCAGAGCUCUCUGGCGAUGACAGCCAUUCAUGACUUCGGUACGCAAGAGCUCAAGGAUCGCCUCCUCCCCGAGCUGGCGAAGGGCAAGUUGGCUGGCUGCUUUGGCCUCACCGAACCCAACCACGGCUCCGACCCGGGCGCAAUGGAAACAGUGGCACGGGAACAUCCCACUAAGAAGGGAUACUACUUGUUAUCCGGUACCAAGACCUGGAUCACCAACUCCCCUAUCUCGGACAUCAUGGUUGUCUGGGCUAAGCUGCAAACCACGGGCAAAAUCAGGGGGUUCGUCGUCGAGCGCAGCAAAUGCCCUCCUGGCACGCUGGAGACCCCCGCCAUCAAGAACAAGACCGCUCUGCGCGCCUCGAUCACGGGCAUGAUCCAGAUGGACGACUGUCCUGUCCCUGCGGAGAAUAUGUUCCCGGAGGUACAGGGCCUUGCGGGUCCUUUCACCUGUCUCAACAGUGCCCGGUUGGGCAUCGCGUUUGGCGCCAUGGGUGCCCUUGAGGACUGCUUGGACCGGGCCCGAACGUAUGCUCUGGAAAGGAAGCAGUUCAAGGGCAACCCGUUGGCGAAGUACCAACUGAUCCAGAAGAAGCUGGCGGAUGCGGCGACGGACGCCGCUUACGGUACCCUGGCCGCAACGCAAGUAGCGCGGUUGAAGGAUGCUGGCAAGUGCACUCCUGAAAUGAUCUCGAUGGUUAAGCGACAGAACUGUGAUCGUGCCUUGGCCAACUCGCGGAUACUACAGGAGGUCUUCGGCGGCAAUGCGACCAGCGAUGAAUACCAUAUUGCCCGCCACGUUGCCAACCUGUUCGUGGUGCAAACCUACGAGGGCCAGAGUGACAUUCAUACCCUGAUACUUGGACGGGCCAUCACGGGCGUCCAAGCAUUUGUCUAGCGCGAGCAGCACCGUCGCAUCUCCAAUAUAAAGCAUACAAGCGAAUCUCCUGGUCAGAUGAUGGCAUAUAGUACGCCGUCCACGCCACCACAUCUGAUCACAUCAUACCAUCUAUGUAUAUAAGCAGCCAGCCAUUCCGUAACCGAGCACGAAUUCAACCAAGAUUCAAACAUCCAUAGUGUAGUCAGCCUUCUCGGACGAUUCUCGACACCCGGAAGCGCCAUCUUGAGUCACGUGCCAUGUGCUGCGCCACGUGGGACCUCUGCAAACCGAUGUUCGGGAUGGCCGUUUGUGCUGUGCUUGUAUGUAAGACCGAAGUAAGUUACCGGUAUCUGUUCCGAUGGCACAGGCUGAACCUACCACUGAAUAGCCACACUACAUCUUCGCCGCAUUCGAUGACGAGCGAGGGAGGCGAGGCGAGGCGAGGCGAGGCAAAGUGAACUGAACCUCAUGAGGAAUAUUCAAGCCCAAAGGGUUCGAGCCGACGUGGUUAAGGAAAG